UUUAUAACAUGCCCGCAGACAGUUGGUGUUAUUUGUAACUGUCGAUUGUUUUAAGCAAGUAAUUGAUUCGAUUACAUACAUAAUUAUAAUAUAGGCGACCAUUUGAGACACACACACAUACACACACACACCACAGCCAGAGUACAGUACAGCGCACACACACACAGGAGUACUCUGCCAAUAAGAUUGUGCCUCACCAUUCAAAUGGCUGCCGAAAAGGAGAUGCAGGCACAUGACAUGGUCCGGCGGCGAAGCUGGGCACGUGCCGUGCCACUUUACGAUCAAAUUUUGGCAGCCACGGCAACACAGCAGCAGUCCACGGCGACACGUGCGCAAAAGGAUCAGCAGAUCGCCUGCCUGCUGGGACGUUGUGAGUGCCUGCUUGAGCUGGGCCGAUACGAAGCUUGCUUGGCCGAUGCCUACAAAGUGCUCACCCUACUGGCCGAGCAGACCGAGUGCCUUGCGAGCGUCUCACGCGCACGCCGUUGGCUAGUGCACGCUCUCUUCAAGCUGCACAAAUAUUCGGACGCAGAGCAUUUUCUGAGCAAGUGGAUCAAUGAGCUGAGCGGGCAGCAGAUCUUCUCGGACAUAUCGAAGACGCUGGAGCGCUACAAGUCUAUCAUACAGAUGAUUAUGAAUGGACAGAGCAAGGCGCAGGCACAGGCUCAAGCUCAGGCGCAGUCGCAGACACAAAAGAUACCACAUGCGCGUCUCGAGGAUGAAAUGGCAAUACUGGACACCAAGCUGGAUCAUUGGGCAACCAACAAUCUGCCGCUGGACAAGUACAGCAAGCUGCUAAGCAACAAGGGCUUGAAAAAGCGCGAGCAACAGCAGCAGCAGCAACAACAACAGCAGCAACAGCAUGGCAGCAGCUUGAGCAGCUCUAGCAGCAGCACUGGCAGCAGCAGCACCAUGUCAACAUCGAGUCUGGUGGGCAAGACAAAUGAACUGUUGGCGGCCAUACAGGUGACGGGCAAUAAGCAUCCGACAGCGGAUGAGAUUGAUCAGCUGGGUCACUCCACGACAGCAACAACAACAACUUGCAGCUAUUGCGCCAUCAGCUUCCAAACGCGCAACGAGCUGAGGCAGCACUGCCAGACUGAGAGCCAUCAGAAAGUCAUCAUGAGCGAUGAGGGUCGCGACUGGAAGUGGCGUCCGCCACCUCGCGGCUACACACUGGACACGUACAGCCUGUGCGAGACUUUCAGCGAGGCGCACACUUGCCACUAUGGAGCACAGUGCGUGGAGGCGCACGGACUGGACGAGCUGAACGAGUGGAAGGAGCGCUUCGAGUAUCGCCGCAUGCGCGUGCAGAAGGCGUGCGAGAAGGAGCUCUAUGGCAAAUCCUAUACGGAGCAGGUGCUGGAGCGCUGGAUACAGGCGACGGCGCCGGAGAAAAUCAUGUGCGAGCGUGUUGCCGACCUGGAAGCCAAGUGCGAGCAGCAGCUGGUAACCAGCAUCAGCUCAAAGACAAGCAAGCGCGAAUGGCUCUUUCAGCUGGAGACGGAGCGUCCACUUAAGGCGGUGGCGCUGCUGCAGGAUGCGCAUCGCAAUCACUUUGCGCUCAAGAGCAUCAAGCUGGGCAAUGAGGCGUCCACUGUUGUUGAGCUCAAAUCUGACCAGGAGUGGCUUGCGCCUAGUGCCAGCAGUGCCAAGCAGGAGGAGCUGGUGUCGGAUACAGCAGCACAGGAAGCGUCUGUGCACACGCAUGAGAUCACCAUUGAGUUUAAUACUGAAAUCUACGGCACCUUUCGCCAAUCCAUAUGCUUCGAUGUGGGCCAGGAGCCGCUGCUGGUGCGCCAUCUCUGCGUGGACGUGCUGCCCGUAAGCGAUGCGGAGAAAAUCGAGGAAAUCAAGCGCGAUAUUAUCAACAGCUCGGCCACGCGCUGGGAUGUCUCCAACACACAGCUGACCCGCUUCGAGACCACCAUUGGCACCCAUCUGCGCACCGAGGCCUACUUGGACGAUCUGCAGCACGAGCGGGAGCUGCUCGAGCGCUAUCCCUGCCCACGCGCCGCCACCUUCACACUCACGCAGUCGACGAUCGUUGAGAAGCGCCUCACCCAGAACAAUUACCGCUCGCGCAUACACGAGCUGCUCUCGGUGGAGGAGAUCGCGCGAUACGAGCAAAUUGCGCGCUACAAUGUGCGCACUCGACUUACAGUGGCCUCAAACUAUAUUCUGACGCCGGCGGGCAUGGCCACCAGCACCGCGAAGUAUUCGCUGGCGGGCGAGCUGUUUGCUCUCAUGCGUUUGGGCAAGGACAUUUCGGAGGACACGUCGCCGGGUCGACUUAUACUCUCUAACUGCAGCAGCGUGUACAUUUCAAAGCCAGAAGACGGCGGCAGCGGCGGCAGCAAGAAGAAGAAGGGAGCAGGAGCAGCAGCAUCAUCGACGACGGUGGAGAAGUCUGAGCCGCCGCCAGCGGAGGACGGACAGCGCGCAGUUUACGAGGCGCUCAUUGAGGACAAGGGCAAGAAUGUCAUCUAUCUGAAGCUGUCUGCGAAGUGCGUGGAGGCCAUGGGCCUGGUGGCGGACACUGAGCUGGAGGUGGACAUACAGUUCCAGCUGAAUCGCAUGCCAUACUGCGAGUGGCACAACGCCGUCGACAAGAUCACCGACUUUCGUCUCAUCUUUCCAGCCAUUGAGCUUGAGCCGGCCAUACCCUGGACACCCAAGAAGCAGUGGGUCGACGCCUGCGAGCCCAAGCUGAAUGCCAAACAGCGCGAGGCCAUCAAUGCCAUCACCACAGCGCUGAGCAUCAAGCUGCCGCCCAUUCUGCUCAUCGGGCCCUUCGGCACGGGCAAGACCUACACGCUGGCCCAGGCGAUCAAGCAGCUGCUGGCACAGCCCGAAGCAAAGAUACUCAUCUGCACGCAUUCCAAUUCGGCGGCAGACCUGUACAUCAAGGAGUACCUGCAUCCCUGGAUCGAGGAUGGCCUGGAGGAGGCGACCCCACUGCGCGUCUACUACCACAAGCGUUGGUCGGCCACGGUCAACAGCGUGGUGCAGAAAUACUGCAUCACCGAUGGCGUGGGCAACUUCCGGCGGCCCAGCCUGGAGGAUAUCAUGCGGCAUCGCAUUGUCGUCGUCACGCUGAGCAUAAGCAUGGAGCUGGCCACAAUGGGGCUGCCCAAGGGCCAUUUUACGCACAUCUUUCUGGACGAGGCGGCGCAGGCAAUGGAAUGCGAGGCGAUUAUGCCGCUGGCGCUGGCCAAUGACUCGACGCGCAUUGUGCUCGCCGGUGACCACAUGCAGAUGAGUCCCGAGCUCUUCUCGGCCUUUGCCAAGGAGCGCAAGCUGCACAUUUCGCUGCUGGAGCGACUCUACGAUCACUACCCCUCGAACUUUCCCUGCAAGAUUCUGCUCUGCGAGAAUUAUCGCGCCCACGAGGCCAUCAUACGCUUCACCUCGGAGCUCUUCUACGAGCAGAAGCUGGUCGCCUCCGGCAAGCAGCCGCGCCACGAGCGCUUCUAUCCGCUCACAUUCUUCACCACACGCGGCGAGGAUGUGCAGGACAAGAAUUCGACGGCGUUCUACAACAACGCCGAGGUCUAUGAAGUGGUCGAGCGCGUCUCCGAGCUGCGCAAGCGCUGGCCCAUUGCCUGGGGCAAGUUGAACGACACCAGCAUUGGCAUCAUGACGCCCUAUGCCGAUCAGGUGUUCCGCAUACGCUCCGAGCUGCGCAAGCGCCGCAUGGGCGGCAUAUCCGUCGAGCGCGUGCUCAAUGUCCAGGGCAAACAGUUCCGCGCCGUCUUCCUCUCCACGGUGCGCACCCGACGCACCUGCCUGCCGCAUGGCAACGCACCCGGCGCCUCUGGCUCGAGUGUCAACACGCCCAGCAUUGGCGAUGCCGACACCGAUUAUGGCUUUCUGAGUAACUCCAAGCUGCUUAACACGGCCAUAACGCGCGCCCAGUCCUUGGUGGCUGUGGUGGGUGAUCCUGUGGCCUUGUGCUCCAUUGGACGCUGCCGCAAGGUGUGGGAGCGCUUCAUUGAGAUCUGCAAUGAGCACAAGUCGCUCUUUGGCCUCACCUGGUCCAAUCUGCGCUCCCAACUGGACGGCGUCGAGCUCAAGCGUGGCUACGUGCUCAAUCCCUUGGCGCCCGAGUUUGUGCCACGUGCGCUCCAACCGGAGGCCUAUCUGCGCGACCAGGCCGCCGUCUAUCUGAACGCUCCCGUGCUUGCCGCCCAGGGCGUUGUGCAGCAGCCACACUUUGCCGCUGCCGCCGCCGCUGCAGCUGCUGCUGCGGCUGCCGCUGCCGCCGGCAUGGUGCCCGGACCUGUUGCUGCACACCAGAUGAACCAAAUGGCCGCCGCCAUGGCUGCCAAUCAUAUGUACUCCACUCACAUGGCAGCCAUGAUGGCCGCUGCUGCGGCCGCAUCGGGCGGCAAAACACCCAACGGACCUUCGCCAGCACCUGGGCCUGUGCCAGGCCAAGUGGGGCCAGUAGUAGCGCCGCAUCUGCGCGCUCACAUGGGCAUGCGUGGUCCGCCACCCAACGGCGGUCCGCCGCCUGGACCGCCUCACAUGCGUCAAGCGCAGCCGGGCAACGGACCGCCGCCGCCGUAUAACCAAUAUGCUGCCAUGCAGCACUGGCGGCCACCGGUGACACCGCAGCAGGCGCAACAGCAGCAGCAGCAGAAUCCCAACGCCAGUCUCUGGGGUCCGCCGCCGCAAACGAAUCCCUGGAGUGCGCUGCCGCCAAACAAGCAGCCACCACCGCAGCAGCAACAAGCGCAGCAGGCGAACGCUCCUGGACGCGGACCAUUGCCGCCAGCCGCUCUGCGAGGCGGCAGCGUGCCACCGUCUAGCGGCAAUGCAGCAACUCCCGCUCAGAUGCUGCGCAAUCCCAGUGAGCUGGGCUAUCUGGCCAAGAAGACGCUCUACAACCACGGACAGGCCCAGCCGCCGCAACAGCCCCAACCACCGCCGCAUCAUCUGUACGUGCAUCCGUCCAUGCCUGGACCCAUGCAACGUGGCAGCAGCUUGCCCAACGG